GGUGCGGUCUGGCGGCUGGAACUUGGAGGAAAAGUUUUCGGGCUCUUAGGUAGAAACGCUCCUGGAAGAGGAAGUCGCCAGGUGGGAGACAAAGGCUGGGGGAGAAAGGCGGACCGUCCCUCACUGGUGGGACUGGGACACGGGCCGUUUCCUGGACUUGUAUGUUUGCCCCCUGAGUGGAUCGCUGGUAUGACAGACUUUUGACCAUUCGGAGGGAAGUGACUAUAGCUUUGCAUUUCUGCAAAGGCUCAAAUGUUGCAAGCAGUCUCUGAGCCCUUCUUUGUCGACUAAGGGGGUGGAAAAUUGUAAGAGCAGACAUCCUGUCCUCAGCAUCGUAUAAACUUCUGAUGAUGCAGAAGCUCGGCAGCGGAAGCAGUUUCAUCUGAUGAUGAUGGGCUUGUUCUUUAACCUGCACUGAGACAUACCUUCAGAAAUCAAAAUAAGGAGGGAAGCAAAUUAGUAGUCACUAACUGUGAAGCAGAGACUUCAGGAUGUCCCACACGGUGACUUUCACAUUUCAUGCUCCUGAGAACAAUGAGGCUAAGAGCGAGGACACAAGUCCAUAUGAUGAAGGUGCCGUGCAUGAUUCCUUCCAUCAGCUCAUCCAGGAGCAGAGCCAGUUGGCUGAACAAGAGAUGGUGGAGAUGGAGGAUCUGGCUUCAAGGGGCAGAGAGAAUGUGGCUUACGUGGCUUCUUCUCCCCGACGGUCGGAGGCUGGGGAAUCGCCAGAGGAAACAGUGGAACAUCCCGAUUUCUCCUCCGCCACACUGAGGAUCCUUGCCAGCAUGCCGAGCAGAACCAUUGGCCGUAGCAGAGGAGCCAUCCUGUCCCAGUAUUAUAAUCGCACUGCCAGGUUGCGCCGUAGGAGCAGCCGUGUACCAUUGCAAAAAGUGUCCCGCUCUGCACGGCCCAGUGUUCGGCAGCUUGAUCUAGAGCUUGACUCUGGUCAGGAGGAGGAAGAAACCAAGCGUGCCUUAUUGGUGAAAGAACUUCGGAGCCUACCAGCAAAUCAGCGCAUUAACAUGCUGCAAGCAAUGCCUCUAAGUCUGACCGAAAAGCGCCGACUCAGGCACGAUUCAAGUGGCUACUCAGGGACCUUGCAAAAACCCAAGACGACUGCUCCUUUGUCACAGUGCAGCCGGCUUAAAUACCACAUCAUUAUAGGUUUCCGAAAUCUCUGGUACAGCCUGCUGUCCCUCCUUCACACUCUCCAGCCAUGGCAUUAUUCUCUCAAGCAGAUCAGUGGUCGCUUUGGAUCCAGCAUCCUUUCUUAUUUCCUGUUCGUCAAGACUUUGCUUACAUUUAAUUUUUUCUUGUUCCUGAUUCUGCUGGUCUUUGUAGUUGCCAUGCAGGCUGCUUACCCUCCUGCCACACACAACAGAGAAGCCUUUACAGGGCUCGAGCUCUUCACUGGAGCAGGAUACUUCACUCACACCCUGUUGUAUUACGGCUACUACAGUAAUUUCACACUGAAUGACCCCUGUGCUUCCAGCUCUAAUGUCACACAUUGCAGGCAGCCCAGUCAGGUCCAGCUGCCCUACAACAUGCCCCUGGCCUACUUAUUUGUCACUGGGGUCUCCUUUUUUGUGACAUGCAUUCUUCUGGUCUACAGUAUGUCUCGCUCCUUUGGGGAGAGUUACCGAGUGGGCAGUGCAUCAGGGGAGCUGGCUGUUAAGGUCUUCUGUGCCUGGGACUACAAGGUGAUCCAGAAACGCUCCGUCCUACUUCAGAGUGAAAACAUCUGCACUCAGCUGAAGGAGUGUCUGGCUGAACACUGGGCUAGAUCGAAUCCAUUAAACUUGUGUAAGAGACUGCAAAGGAUGGCCAUCCUGUUGAUAUGCUGGGCCGUAUCCCUGGGUGUUGUUCUGGGUUGUGCCAUUGGUGUUUACUACUUCUCAGAGUACAGCCACCAGGUUCACCAGGACAAGUUCUCAGCAAGUAACCGUGUUGGCAAAGAAGCCCUCCUGCUGUUCCUGCCAUUGCUGGUGUCUCUGAUAAACCUGUUGGUGCCAUAUAUGUACAACCUCCUGGCCGCUUGGGAGAAGCAGGAGUCUCCAGUCCUAGAGGUGUAUGUUGCUAUCUGCAGGAACUUAAUUCUUAAGAUGGUCAUUCUAGGCCUGCUCUGUUACCACUGGCUGAGUCGGGAAGUGACCUCUUCAAAGAUUCAGUGCUGGGAGACCUUUGUAGGGCAGGAGCUCUAUCGCUUGGUGGUGAUGGAUUUCAUUUUCACCCUCUUGGACACUUUCUUUGGAGAGCUGAUGUGGAGAGUGAUUUUAGAGAAGAAGCUGCAACGUAAACAGAGACCGGAGUUUGACAUUGCUAGAAAUGUGCUGGAAUUGAUUUAUGGACAAUCCCUGACCUGGCUGGGUGUCUUCUUUGCCCCACUCCUCCCUGCUGUUCAGAUCCUCAAGUUGCUGCUCUUGUUUUAUAUAAAGAAGGCCAGUUUGAUGAGAAAUUGCCAGUCUCCCAGUAAGCCCUGGCGUGCAUCCCACAUGAGUACCAUCUUCAUCACCUUGUUGUGCUUCCCUUCAUUCCUGGGUGCCUCCAUAUUCCUCUCCUACACUAUAUGGGCAGUAAAACCCUCAGAGAUGUGUGGACCCUUCCAAACUUUUGAGACCAUCUAUGAUUCUGGGAAGACAUGGGUAGUGGAUCUAGAGCAAUCUAGCCCAAACCUUACCUGGUUUACCUGGAUCCAUCAGCAUCUGAUCCAAAAUAGCUUCUUUUUGUUUUUAAUUUCUGGAAUUUUGCUAGCUGUGAUCUACCUCAACAUUCAAGUGGUGCAGGGUCAACGAAGAAUUAUCACCCUCCUGAAGGAGCAGAUUGCCAACGUGAGUGCCAAGUGCAAAGCAGGGCCAGUCUCUUACCAGAGAACAUCAAGCCCUUUAGCCUUGGGUUUUAUUGAAACAAAAAUAAAUGGCAGUACUCCAUCAAUUGUUUUUUUUUGUCAGUGAAUGCUGUGUCACAGUAAAAGUCACUGCUGUAGUAAAAUGAAAAGUACUCUGGAUAGGAACAACACUGUAACAAAGAUGCAGUUGGUGGCCCAAUUUUCAUUGACAGAUUAAAGACAUGCAUGCUAAGUGUCUACCCAUAAAGAUCUGCAGGUGCAGUGCACCUUUCAUAUUGGAUCUGUGCAAUAUUCAGAAUCUCUUGAUCCAAAUCUUUCAUUUCAUAGUAAGAAAAAGAAACAAACACAAUCUCUUGCACUGACUCAUAAGACAAGUGAUUGCAGAGCAGAUUAGUUUCAGACUUAUGGUACAUCCUUUUGGUCUUUCAAGAAUGUCACUUUUCUUUUACUUACCUUAAAUACCUCUAUUCCAGGAAGGAGAAGAUAAGAUGUUCCUCAUUGAGAAGCUUCAUACUAUAUAUGGGAAAUGAGAGAGCCAUGCAGCAGAAGAUAAGGUAUGUGCUUCAGAGCUCUACACGGAAGAGUUGCGUAAAAUGACUGCAGCUCAGAGAAGAGGAUGUGGAGAGUGCAUGGCUGUCUAGCAUAUACAUACAUUGCUGUAUGGUCAAAAAUAGCAGUCGGGACACCUAGGCCCUCCUGCUGUUGAUAAAGUACUACUCUCACCAGUCUUCACCCUUGGCCAUGCUGGGUGGUACUGAUAGGAACUAGAGUUUGACAACAUCUAUAAGACUUAUAGUCCCCCGGUCCUGGACAAAAGUCCUAGCACUGAAUCCAUGCAUCCUGUGUGUCUCUACCUGUGUUGAGCCUAACUGCUUCCAUGAGGAGCAUUUCAAUUAUGUUUGCAGCACCCGUUAUUUCUGUGCUUACUCCUUUUUUGAAAUGAAUAAAACACAAACAGGAGCUACAGAUGCCCCAAGGCAGUUCAGGGAGUAAUAGGGUUCUGCCUCUCUAGAGAAGGUAAGAGGCAAGCAGAACUCUCAGCUGGCUUCACAGGUGGAAGCAUGAGGACCUCUGCACAGACAUAUAGAAAAGAAAGUGAAAGCAGUUUAUUUAUGAAAAUCUCCUGCUAGAAAAUAUUCUUGAUGCAAGCUGUAUAACUGAGAGUAAAUUGAACAUGAUGCUGGCAGAUUGAAAUAACUGCUGGCAAAUUCACCUGGAAUUAGGUGGAGUGAGUUAAACAUUAUGGGCAAGCAAGUGGAUUGCUGGACUCUGGAUAUACAUCUCCUUUCCUAACAAACGAUCAUCUCUGUAUUUUUUCUCUUGGCAAGGCUCUUGAGACUGGAAGCAGCAUCAAAAGAGAGGUAGCUGUGAGAUGCAAGAACAAGUGGAAUAAUUCAGCAUUCCUGUUACUCCCGAGCUUCAUUUUAAAGCAUGGCCACCAGGUUCAAAGGAAUCUGGGCAGGGGAGACCACUUCACAAUAAGAAGAUUAUGCAUCAUUACAUCAUUUUUGCACCAGAAAUUGGAAAUCUUUAAUUCUGUCCCUGGAGCAGGGUAACAGGACAGUGGAUUUGCUCAUUCUGUUUAGAACACUCCAGGGACAAUGAAGGGAAUGAAGGAGGAGGGUGCUUUAUCCACAUACCUGGAAUGAGGAAUACAAAAGAAACGAUAAAACAGAGCUUUGGAAAAAAGUUAGGUUUUUGGCACAGGACAGUGAUGGGAACAAUUAUCUAGACAGCAAAGACCUUUGUGAUUAAAAACGACAGCUCAAAUAUUCCUAGCAUUUUUCGCUCAAAGGGUGAAUUCUCAUUCUGGACCUAAAAAGAUUAUAUGGAGAUGAAGAAUCUUGCUGGAACUGCUCUGGGAACAGGCCCAUGCUGCUGAAAACAUUGACCUCACUGGUUGGCCCUUGGGCAUCUUUGUUUUUAGAUUCUAGAGGACUCCUAUCUGCUUUCAGUCCGAGAACAACAGUUUCUAGCAUUUGAGAGCAAUUCCAGCUUUCAUGGACAGGCACGUGGACAUUUUCCUCGAACUGGAAUAAAUGAUCUUAGAACUGCUUGAAAAACAUGGAAGUGGAUUUGUUGUUUUUUUUAAAAGAGAAAAACCGAAUUGAUGGAAAUUGAUGGAAAUGGCCCAUGGGCUUCCUGUACUGGACUUAUGAAAACAUGGGAGUAUAAUGUGAGACUUACUUAAACUACUGUCAGGAAAAUCAUGAUUUAGUGUAAUUAAACUACUCUUUUUUUAAAAAAC